UCCCUCCUCCUCAUUUGUCCCUCUCUGCAAAGAACCGAAGACCCAUCCGUCACCUCCUGAUUCCUCGCCAAUGGCGACGUCGGCGAAAUCCUCGUCCUCCUCCCCAUCCUCGCCGGACAUGCCCUGGAGGACUCGCGUCGCCGUCUCCCUCCUCUCCCGCGUCACCGACUACUGCCGCCGCGACGACGGCUCCAUCAACCGCCGCCUCAUCGGCUUCCUCGACUUCAGGUCCGCCCCCAACCCCACCCCCGCCAACGGCGUCUCCUCCUCCGACGUCUCCGUCGACCCCUCCCGCCACCUCUGGUUCCGCCUCUACACCCCUUCCUCCUCCUCCGCCGCCUCCUCCCCCCUCCCCGUCCUCGUCUUCUUCCACGGCGGGGGCUUCUGCUUCCUCAGCGCGGCCUCCAGGGCCUACGACGCCGUGUGCCGCCGCUUCGCCCGCAAGCUCCCCGCCGUCGUCGUCUCCGUCAACUACCGCCUCGCCCCCGAGCACCGCUUCCCCUCCCAGUACGACGACGGCUUCGACGUCCUCCGCUUCCUCGACGAGACCUCCGCCCUGCCCCCGAUCGCCGACGUCUCCAAGUGCUUCCUCGCCGGGGACAGCGCCGGGGCGAACAUCGCGCACCACGUGGCGGUGAGGGCCUGCCGGCCGGAGGGGAAGAGGCUCGAGAGAGUCCGGGUGGUGGGGCUGGUGUCGAUCCAGCCCUUCUUCGGGGGCACGGAGCGGACCGAAUCGGAGACCCGGCUCGUGGAUGCGCCGCUGGUGUCGGUGCCCCGGACGGACAUUUGCUGGAAGGCCUUCUUGCCGGAGGGGGCGGACCGGGACCACUGGGCGGCGAACGUGAGCGGCCCGAACGCGGUGGACGUGGCGGGGCUGGAGGGGUUCCCGGCGGCGUUGGUGUUCGUGGGGGGUUUCGACCCGCUGAGGGACUGGCAGAAGAGGUACUGCGAGUGGCUGAGGAGGUCCGGCAAGGAGGCGGCGCUGGUGGAGUACCCGACCAUGUUCCACGCCUUCUACAUCUUCCCGGAGGUGGCCCACUCCACCAAACUGAUCAUGGAGGUCAAGGAUUUCAUCCACAGCCACGUUUCCAGAAAAUAAUACUUCAAUUUCACGAAUUCAUAACUACGAAAUGGGUUGUCUGUAGUAGGAAUUCAUGGAAGCUGUUGUUAGGUGAUGCAAGUGGGUUUGACUUCUCAUCAUAGCUUCCUGGCUUUGUCGGCCGAAUCGCGUGCCAAAUCCUACCCGCCAAAUUACUAUCCAGCAGCAAUCACAUCCAUCACUAAUUUCAUAAAAUUAAUGUUUAAAUGUAAUUCCGGGAGCACGGCAUUCCUGUUCAUCGAAGUCGAUCGCCACUGGGUUUCUGUA